UCUCGUCAACUAUCGAGAAAUAUACUAAUGAAAAUGAAACCUAUAAUUAUUUGCCUUUCUGGUAAACGAAAAUGUGGUAAAGAUUUUGUGGCAAAUUUAUUAGCGAAUCGAUUGGAAGAAAAUGGUUAUAAAGUUAUCAUUUAUGGUAUAAGUUAUCCGCUCAAGGAGGAAUAUGCUCAAUUAAAUGGUGUAAAUGCUGAACGUUUAAAAAAUGAUAUGGAAUAUAAGGAGAUAUAUCGUCAAGAUAUGAUUACAUGGAGUGAACAAAUACGAAAUAAUGAUUGUGGAUAUUUUUGUAGGAAGGUUUUAGCAAGAGCAAAUUCAACUGAUGUAUUAAUUGUAACGGAUUGUCGACGGCUUUCUGAUAUUGAAUUUUUUAAGAUGCAUUGUAGUUCUCAUUUAAGAUUGUUACGUAUCGAAGCAUCAUUACCAAUCCGAGAAAUGCGUGGUUUCGUAUUUGUAAAGGGAAUUGAUGAUCAAAUGACUGAAUGUGGUCUUGAUGAAUAUACUAACUGGGAUAUUGUAAUUAGUAAUGAUGUUCAAAUUGUAAACGAAAUACUACCACAUGAUUUAGAUGAAUGCUUAACUCGUCUUUGUUCUGACAUACAUCAAUUAUUGCUGAAUCGGAGGUAAUUCCCUAUAAUUCGGUAUAAUUCCUGA